AUGGGGAGAAUUAAGAAGGCAGCUAGCCAAAAGCAUGUGGCUACAGUUUCACCAUUUUUCACGAACUUUAUCGCACAUGCUACCAGCCUUCCUGCUCCAGAGCUUCCUUCGUUUCUGCGCACAUUCCCCAAGUUAUGGCCAUUCCCUCGAGGUGAUCUCUAUCACUGGAUCCCUCUACUUGACCGCUUCGAUGAAAUCCUAGCCUGCAUCGUCGAAAAAUAUUCCCUCAACACCGGUCCCCAGACUCAACCAUUCGGAAAUGGCACGCUGGAGCAAUUCUACACGAUUGAUGGAGCCGUAAAACCUGCUGAAGGCAUUGAAGCUAAGCUGAAAGCCCUGGGAUAUGGUCCCGACGGAGAUCGUGAGCUAGUGGAAUCGAUUCUUGAGUUUUCGCGUCUGUUGCUUGAAAAGUGUGGCAACCGAAGCCUGUACAGCAGCAGUGAACUUCUUGGAGAUCUCUUGAACACAACCUCCCUUCCCCUUCUCCAAUCCACACUCCGUCUGACUUUGUGCUUGGCACAACGGUACCACUCACGCCAACGCGGCGUUCAACAACAGGCUUUGCUAGCAGCCCACUACAACAUUGAUCUGGAGAAAUUGCAAAAGAUUGCGGCGCCCUUCCCCCGUCCAUUCGUUGCUACCAGUACUCCGUUCACUACACCCUCCGCCAAGGGCAAGGAGCCCGUCAUUCAAACCAAGGUCAACGCGAAUGAAUUGACAUCCCUUGUACGCGACAAAGAUGGGUGGGAAGAGUGGGGCAAUGUUCGUCUCCUCUAUUAUCCUCCUGGUCUCUCUGAGCAGACCAAGACAGCAUCCGAAUCCGGUCCAGGCGAUAGUGGUCCGCAUGCCCCCCAUGCUCCCGCUACACCGACUCCUCUGCGACGGAGUGCGACUCACCCUACACCUCGCUUCAGCCGUGGGCCGAAUCUAGAUGAUUCACCUGCUGGCUCUGCCACUCCAGGCAAGGGAGCAGAGGAGCCAUCACGAAGUGGCAAAAUACUGGAUCUUCCAUAUGCCAAAAUUUCAUCUUCAAAGGCUGAGGAUAUUCUGUCAACCAACUUGCCCCUCUUGUCUCAGGAAACUAAGUAUGAACUUCUUCAGAAGAUUCGUAUCGCUCAGGCCUUGUCUGGUUCGCCUGCAGAUCGCGAGCAGAUUCUCGCAAUUCGGAUUCUUGCUGUGACUAACUUGGCUUAUGUCAACUCUGAAUCGACUUUCCAACAGAAGAUUUUACAAUCUGACCUUGAACAGUCAAAGCGCCUGCAGCUAACCUUCCAGUUAGCCGAGCUGGUUCAUCUCGGUGCGAGUGGCGAUCUAGAGGUUUCGCGAACUUUGCAAACAUUAGCAAUUCAAGCCCUCGAUGCUCUUGCAAAGCACAAAGCUCGUGCUCAAGAUGUAUGCGCAGCUUUGAGUGUCAAUGUCAACCACGGCGUUCUCAUGUUCCUAACUCGUAAGCUCGUCAAUGAAUUGGCUUCGGAAGAUGACGAGACAGAUAGUUCAUACUAUGACGAGUGGCGGGAUGCUUUACUUGCUCUUUUGCGAACUCUUCCGAGUUCGAGCUCCCGCACACCUGAUACGCUUGUCGCAGCUGGCCUCAUCCCCAUGUUUGUUGAUAUCCUUAAUCUUCGCACCAUUAAGGCCCGCAGAUUUUAUGCACGGAUUAUUGAGUUCCUGGAUACCUUUGUGCAUGCAGUUCGGGAUGCUUUGACCAAUUUGACGACAGCAAAAGGCUUCGAUGCGAUUUCUGAUCUGAUUGCUUACGAAACCAAGACCGCCUUUGAUCACGUCUCUCGUGGGGAUGGAUUCCCGCAUGAGUACAGAAAUCCCUCGAUCGAUUACCAGAUCCCAUACUUGCAGCAACAAACCCUCCGGUGGUUGUUCCGUUUUGUCAACCACACCAUGCAGCAUAACGGUGGAGGGUUUGACCGUGUUCUGAGGAACUUCAUUGACUCACCUCAGAUUCUUACCUCCCUGCGACUCGUUUUCGAAAAUGCGCGGGUCUUUGGCUCGCACGUUUGGAGUAAUGGUGUCAACAUUCUUAGUAGUUUCAUUCACAAUGAACCAACUAGUUACGCAGUAAUCGCCGAGGCUGGUCUUAGCCGGAGUCUUCUUGCGGCCGUCAUGGGUCGUGAGCUCAAUGUGAAGGAGAAGCCACCCGCUGUGGAACCAGAGGACAUCGACGAGGAAAACGAGGCAUCCGAGUCUACACCUGCCGAGCCCGCCUCCGCAACAGAAAGCAAGAAGUCUGGCCAUGAGUAUGCCAUGGCUCGGCCGUCUGGAACUCUACUCGCAUCAGGUAUCGUUCCUGCUGCCGAUGCUCUUGGUUGCAUCCCCACGGCAUUUGGCGCUAUCUGUUUGAAUGCCUCUGGACUGGAUCUUUUCCAAUCCUCCGAUGCUCUUGAAAGUUUCUUCGAAAUUUUUGAAAACCCAGAGCAUGUUAAAUGCCUAAAAGAUGACCCCAAUCUGGUUCGCUCCUUGGGUACGACCUUUGAUGAGCUGGUUCGCCACCAUCCUGCUCUUAAGACCACCAUAAUGUCUGCAGUUAUUGUUCUAACCGCUCGUGUUGGCUUACUUGCCAAAGCCAAGGCAUGGCAAUUGGGAUUGGGUAGCAAACUUUGGACUGAAGACUCUGAGGGUGAUCUACGUCUUUCAGGAGAUCAGUCCUCUUUGUUCCGUGAAAUCGGUGCUCCCAAAGGCGGUUCGGAGGACCUGGUUGAGGGUGAUCUCAGCUCAAUUUUCCCACCGCACCACAAAAUCGAUCCUAAGGAUAAAGAUGAACAUGGCCUCACUAUCUCGGACUAUCUUUUCCCUACUAUCCGGUUCUUGGGCGCUUUCUUUGAAAACCAGCCAAAUUGCACCGCAUUCAUUUUGGCUGGUGGAGCAGAGUUCAUUCUGGAUUUUGCUACACUUCAGAGUUUGCCUUUCAAUUUCCAUACCAGCGACGUUAACCAGGAACUUACAGUUCUUGUCCACAUGCUUGCGGAAACGAAACCACAUCUUAUCAUUCCAUCUCUUAUGAAACGUGCCCAACUCGCAGUGGACAACCUUUCACCUUUCUGGGAUUCGCCCUCAGAGGUCGGCUUCUUCACUGCACUGGCUAAGCCGGGUAACUCCAAAGGACCGGAGACAGAAGCGAUUGGACAUGGUACAUUCUAUGCGAAACACUUGAAUGCUGUUCUCGUCAUCACAGGCCUUCUCCGGGAGAUCUUCGCCCUGCCUCUGUUUCAGGUCCGAGCCUCGCAGUCGUCGGCAUUUUCUCAGGUGAACCUUGCAGACUUGUACAGCUCCCUGGUAACGUCACUUGGCAGCCUUCAUGCCGCGUGCGUGUGGGAGUCAAUCGUCAAUGAGAAGAGCAACCCUGAGUUGUGGACGCAACCUACGCUGACCUCCGCUGCCAAACCAGCCUCCGAGACGCCUAGCAACACCUCUGGAUCCGGUGAAUCCUUGGAAGAUCCGGUCUCGGCAGCUCAGCCUGGCAGCGAGAAGAGUGAAAGCACUGAGAAGAAAGUGGAUGAGUCGAGCGCCGCCUUUAAGAAUGUCCAGACUAUUCGCUACCUUCUAAGCGCCCUUCCCCCUCCAUCACUGAAUUGCGCUAAGGUGGCCGAUGCUAUCGUCGAUUCUGUUCUACGGGCCCUUCGUCUCAAGGCUGCAAGCUCGUGCGAAAGUUCCAAGCACCGUUUGGCUUAUCUAAUUGUCAUACUAUCUUCGUUCUCUCAACUUUUGUACGAAGUCAGUGGUGAACGCCCUCAGACAAACUACCUCACUUACAUCAUGUGGACAUUCAGGCGAAAGGGUGGCUUGACUGUUUUGAAGGACAUCUGUCAAACCUUCAUGCAUGAGGUUAAGACUAUCAAAUCGGAGCAGAAUGAUCCUGAGGCCAACAAGGAAGUAGCCGAUCAGCUGGUCUCCGCCUACGGUAGUAUUAAGAUAAUUCUUGUGAUCUUCACCGAGCUUGCUUCUGGAAAGAGCAUCAUUGAAUCUAGCCAGACACAUGCAAUGUCCAGUCAACUUGAACGUAACCGAAAUCAAGCUGAUUACUUUACGCCAGGUCAGUUCCUGGUGGAUCUUCGUAUGGAAGUCCUUCCUAUGGCCCGGGAAAUGUGGAACUCUGAAUUCGCAACUCAGUCUGAAAGCUCAAUCAUCAAAUUUUUGGUUGAUAUUCUCCGGUCAUCUCUGGAUGGAGAAUAUGAGACUGGCGCUGCUCACAACUCAGACACUCCAAUCGUGGCAACGGAGAUGCCUUUCAGGCCGUUUGUGAUCAAUAAAGAUAGAGAAACGGCUCUAGCUGCGAAGAUUUCCGCCGAACCUGGAUCUGGAUUGGUCAGGGAGGCAUUGUAUCGUUGCAACAAUGUCCUCAACGCAGCAGAAGAGUACUGUCAUGCCCAGGACUGGCUACGUGCUCCGCCCCUGAUUCCUCCUGAACCGACGGAUAUUGAGAUUGCUCCUGUCAGAGAAACCCCCGAGGAUCCUGCUGAAGAGGCGGUAGUAGAAGGCCGAAAUUAUUUGCCUCGCUCCUCUGCCCUCACUAUGCUCAUGAAUCAGGCGGCUGAAGAUGUCGAGGCUGGCAGAAUUGGACCGGAACUACCAACACCUGAACAUAUCACACGCAAUGAUUUGGCUAGAGUGCUUGGUCGAGUUCUCCCAGAAAUUACUGGCAUUGACCAUGAUCUAGACGAUCAAUUAAACCCAUUCUUUACUCCAAGCCACAGUGCUCCGCCACCUCCCUCGUCAGGGCCCAUCAGUGACGCUCAGGAUGAGACGGCAAGCCGCCGUGAAUACGUCACUAUUGAAAAUCUGGAAGUGGAAAGAGAAAAAGUUCGGUUGAACCUCAUUGAGCGCUGCUUGGAUGUUCUGAAUGAACAUCAUGAUGUUUCUUUCGAGCUUGCAGAUCUAAUUUCAUCUGCUAUCAAGAAGCAUCCCGAGCCUGAAUCUUUCCGACGAGACAUUGGAGAAAUUUUGGUCCGGUCGCUUGUCUCUCUCCAGAUGGAGAAUUUCCAGACCGCGGGAAAGAAGAUUGCAGCUUAUGCACAUAUCCUCGCCCUCGUUCUUCAGGAUCGCGAUAUGUACAAUGCAACCCUUGAAGACCUCAAAGACUGCUUCUCGACCUUCCUUGGGUUUAUUCGAAUUACACCUGAGAAGUCCGCCGAUGAGUCCUUCCCCUGGGUCGGCCAUGUCUUGCUUAUUAUGGAGAAGUUACUGUCCGAUGACUGUCAGCCUCCUGAGAUUAGCUGGACCCCACCUAAUCCCGAAGAUCCUAGUGCCGGUGUGGAGGCACCCGCUCAGAUUAAGGAGCCUCUCGUCCCUCUUGACGAAAAGAUACAACUCUUCGAGGCACUCGUUGAAAUUCUGCCUCGUGUUGGCAAAGAUGAAACUUUGGCGCUGUCCGUAUGCCGUAUUCUGGUGAUUCUCACUCGUCAGCGCACCAUCGCUGCCCGUUUCGGUGAAAAACGAAACUUGCAGCGCCUGUUUGUUAUGAUCAAACAAUUGCCUAGCGCCAUUACCAAUGGGAAACUCCAAAGUACUUUCAUGCUAAUACUGCGACAUAUCGUGGAGGACGAGGACACCAUUCGGCAAAUCAUGCGCAGCGAGAUCGUUGCCAACUUCGAAGCCAAAACUUCUCGUCAAAUUGAUACUACCAAUUACGUGCGACAACUGUAUCAUCUUGUACUGAGGGCACCCGAUAUCUUCGUCGAAGUGACAAAUGAGAAAUUGCGAUUGGUGCGGUAUGAUAGCCAUCAACGCCCACAAACUCUCGCCCUCAAGGCCGACAAAAAUCGCAACCAGAGACCGGGCAAGGAUGAUGCCACUCACAAUAAGGACGAUGUCGCUGUCGAGGCAUCUACUUCUACGGACAAUGAAAAAGAUAAGAGCCAAGGCAAGGCUGCUGAAAUGAAGCCACCAGUGGUGGAAAACCCAGAUGGUGUUAUUCACUACCUUCUUUCGGAACUUCUAUCGUACAAGGAUGUGGAUGACAAAGAGCCCUCGGCUGAAUCGUCAGAGCAGCAGCCCAGCAGCGAUCAAGCCGAUGUCCAGCCUGACGUGGAAAUGGGCACGGAUGAACCUCCUGCUUCCUCGAGCGGCACCGAAACCCCAUAUGGUUACGCUCCUUCUGUUGCUAAAAAGGGCGAAAAGCCGCCCUUCAAGGCCGAAGAUCAUUCGAUUUACGUCUAUCGGUGCUUCCUUCUACAGUGCUUGACUGAGCUCCUGUCAUCUUACAAUCGGACAAAAGUCGAGUUUAUUAACUUCUCACGAAAGGCUGAUCCUCUUGCUACGACACCAUCAAAGCCACGUUCAGGAAUUCUCAAUUAUCUUCUCAAUGUUCUCGUUCCUAUUGGGACAAUGGAACAUGAUGAGUCCUUGUCUUUCAAGAAACGCAGCAUCACGUCCACCUGGACCAUGCAAGUUCUCGUUGCCUUGUGUAGCAAAACCGGCGAAUUCGGUGGCGUUGGCAAACGCCGUGGUGAGCACAAGCGGAAUGAAGAGGAUGAGCAAGAGCUUGCCUUUGUGCGCAGAUUCGUUUUGGAGCACGCUCUCAGAUGUUACAAGGACGCCAUUGCGUCAACCGACGCGCUCGAUGUGAAGUAUUCCAAGCUGAUGUGUCUUGCUGAUCUUUUUGAUAAAAUGCUCAGUGGGCAAUCCUUCCAUCAGGAUGCAGGUUUCCCAUCUUCAGUUAGACAACUCUCGAAAACCAUGUUCGAGAAGCACUUCAUCCCUACUCUAACUGCUUCUGUCGCCGAUAUUGACCUUAACUUCCCGUCAUCCAAGCGCGUCAUCAAGUACAUUUUACGCCCCUUGAACAAACUCACUCAAACCGCUGUGCACCUCAGUGACACUUCAGAUAUCUCUACCCUUGGUGAUGCAGACGAGGAUGAUGACAUCUCAUCGGCCACCUCGGUCUCUGAUAUGGAUGAUGAUCGUGAAGAGACUCCGGAUCUUUUCCGACAUUCUACCUUAGGCAUGCUGGAGCCUCGACACGAAGAAGAAACCAGCACAGAUGAGUCCGAGGGAGAAGACGAUGAAAUGUAUGACGAUGAAUAUGACGAGGACAUGGACUACGAUGAGGACGUCGUUGAGGACGAUGGCGAAGUCGUAAGCGACGAAGAGAUUGAUGGAGUCCCCAUUGAAGGUCUUUCCGGCGAUGCUGUCGAAGUUAUCAUCGAUGAAGAUGAUGACGACGAUGAAGAAGAUGAUGAUGAUGAUGAUGAUGACGACGACGACGACGACGACGAUCAUGAUCACUCUGAGGACGAAAUUUUCGCCGGAGAGAUCACCGGCGACCAUGACAACGAUAGCCUUGGUGAAGACGUGGAAGAUGAGUGGGAGAGUGAAGCAAUGACCGAAGAUGAAGAAGAGGCCGACAUGAUGAGCCAGCUUGAAGAUGAAAUGGCUAUCAUGCACGAAUCCCAUCGUCAACAAGAUGGUCAUACUAACUUCAACGACCUGUUCCGUGUGCUUAAUCAAGCUGCUGGUGUCGAGCAUGACGGUCUCGGAGGUGGUCCUGUAGGUGGUCUCGGAGCAAAUAUCAUCUCCGAUGAACUUCUCAAUGAAUUGAAUGAGGAAGGAGAUGAGGAUGAAAUGGAUGAGCUUGAUGAGGACGUGGAUGAUUACGAUGAUUAUGAUAUGGAUCAAGGCUCAGAGGGAGACAUUGAUGAUGACGAAAUAGAACCAUGGGGUUGGUUGGACGAAGAAACUCCGGUGCCCCGCGCACACACUCGCUUUCGCGGUGCACCACCAGCUUGGGCUACAGUCACCGAGAUUAUGCCCGGUACUGCUGGUGGAAUGAUGUCAAUGCAACACCCCCGUGUUCACAGAAAUCAGCUGCCCAACCGCGGCAAUGAUGAUGGAACCAAUCCUCUUUUGAUUCGCAACGAUCGUGGCUUCACCAAUGGUCGUGUUGACCCUACUGAAUCUCGUCCUCGUGCACGCGACGGAUGGCUUUUACCGGAUGCUAAUGCUCUCGCUGCGAUGGAUAGUCCCAUGAGUUUCAUGAAUGCCAUCAUGCAGGCCAUUGGCGGACAUGCUACGCCAGGCUUUGGAGUCGUCACUCGCCCAGACGGCAUCCAUGUCCACGUUGACAGACGUGCAAUUCUGCCAAACCGUCUUCAGGAUAUGUUCAACGGCAUUUCUCGGACCCAGCUCCCUAAUUCUCGUCAUCGCGAGGAUCCACAAAACGCCGUCAAGUUCGCUUUGUCUACCACCAUUUGGCGCUGGCAGGAAGAGGCCCGUCUCCUGUAUAGCAGCACAUAUGUGGAAAAGACACAGCGUAUUGUCAACGCGCUGUUUAAGAUCAUGGUUCCCAUUGCCAUUGAAGAGGACAAGUUGCGCCAAAAGAUGGUGGAAGAGGAGCGCAGACGUCUUCGACAAGAGCAAGAAGAGAAAGAUCGUCAGGAACGUAUCGCUAGGGAGGCAGAGGAGCGUGAACGCAAGCUUCAACAAGAAGAAGAGAACGCCCGACUCCAAGCUGAAAGAGAACAACAACAACAAUCUGAGCCAGCUGCUGGAGCUCCGGAGCCCAUGGAAGAUAUCCAACAGACGGAGAACACGACCGACGCUACCAUUCAAGAGCUCAGCUCAUCCAGACUGGAGGCUUCCGCCCAGCCUGUUAUCGCAACCAUUCGGGGACGGCAAGUUGAUAUCACGAACCUAGAAAUUGAUCCUGAAUACUUAGAGGCUCUGCCCGAUGCUCUCCGUGAGGAGGUCAUCAUGCAGCAACUUGCGGAGCAGCGCUCUCAAGCUGCGGCUGCUGGUGAGGAGACAACUGAGAUCAAUCAAGAAUUCUUGGAAGCAUUGCCUGAAGAAAUCCGUGAUGAACUCCUCCAGCAAGAAGCUGCCGAUCGGCGCCGACGGGAACGCGACAGUGCACGCCGCCAGGCCAAUGCAAACGGUGCUGCGCCUCGCGCCGAGGACAUGGAUGCUGCUAGUUUUUUGGCAACUCUGGAUCCCUCCUUGCGCCAGGCUGUCCUUGCAGACCAGCCAGAGGAUAUUCUGGCUAGCUUGGGUCCCGAAUACUUAACGGAAGCUCGAUCUCUGGGUGGCCGACGUCUUGCUCAGUUCGGCGAUCUCGUUGCCGGAAUGGAGGGCAGUCGCCCUAGAAUCGAUAUUUCUGGAGAACAAGAACCCAAGAAGUCUCAACGCCGCCAGGUUGUUCAAAUGCUCGACAAGGCCGGUAUUGCAACACUCCUUCGUUUGAUGUUCAUGCCUCUUCAGGGAACCGCACGCCACCAGUUGAAUGACAUUCUACACAACGUUUGUGAGAAUCGCCAGAACAGAAGCGAAGUCAUCAGCCUUCUUCUCUCUGUCCUGCAGGAUGGUAGCAUCGAUUCCUCUGCGAUCGACCGCAGUUUCUCUCAUCUGUCGCUUCGUGCCAAGGCCUCCGGCGCUCAAAAGACUCCGCAAUCAGUUAAGCGCAAUCUCAACCUCACGUCUUCGAGCAUCAGUAGCGAUGUGACCCCAACCAUGGUGGUUCAGCAAUGUCUAGGAACACUCUCGUUCCUAGCCCAGUACAAUCCACACGUUGCUUGGUUCUUCCUCACAGAGCACGACUCGUCGGCAACAUUCAAGUUGAAGUCACUCCGCAAGGGCAAGGGUAAGGAACUUCGUGCCAACAAGUUUGCCUUGAACUCUCUCCUGUCUCUGCUAGACAGACAGUUGAUCAUGGAAAGCCCCAGCUGCAUGGAACAGCUAUCUAGUCUACUGAGCAGCAUUACCCAACCACUUACUAUUCUCCUUCGCCGCGAUAAGGAUAAGUUAGCGGAAGACAAAGGGAAGAAGCCCGAAGAUGGUCCAGCUCAAGAGGAUACCGCCAUGGAAGAUGCACCAUUGCCUACUGUUGAGACUGAAGAACAAGAUGCUGAGCCAACUACAGCAGUGGGUGAAGAGGAAGAGACCAAGAAGCCAGAGGGUACCGAUGAUCCUACUGGGGAAGAGGACAAGCGCAAGCGCAAGUCUAUUGAGCCCCCUGUCGUUCCUGACCACAACUUCCGACUGGUUGUGCAUAUUCUUGCUGCUCGCGAAUGCGGUAAUAAGACUUUCCGCGACACUGUUUCCACGAUUAACAACCUCUCUGCCAUUCCCGGAGCUCGCGAUGUGAUCGGAACUGAACUCGUUAGUCAGGCCCAGAAACUGAGCGAUACCAUCUUGGCAGACGUGGAAGAACUUCUCCCCCAUAUUCAUCAGUCUAAAACUGGUACGGAUAUGCAGGGCUUGGCUCUGGCUAAGUUCUCUCCAGCCAGCUCUGAUCAAGCAAAACUCCUUCGUAUUCUUACGGCACUUGAUUACCUAUUCGAUCCGAAUCGGGUCGAUAAGUCAAAGGGCACUGAGCCCGAAUCCGCACCCAAAGAAGAUGUGCUCAAGAGACUGUACGAAAGUGCUACUUUUGGGCCCCUGUGGACCAAGUUGAGUGACUGCCUGACCGUCAUUCGCCAAAAGGACAACAUGCUGAACGUGGCUACUAUCCUCCUUCCACUAAUCGAAGCGUUGAUGGUCGUUUGCAAGAACACUGCCCUCAAGGACCAACCCUUGUCUCGCAACAGCCGCGAGCUGUCAUCCAACAGCCAUACGACUGAAUCCGGUGUGAGCAUGGAGAACAUAUUCUUCAAGUUUACUGAAGAGCACAGAAAAAUUCUCAACGAGCUCGUUCGCCAGAACCCUAGAUUGAUGAGCGGUACUUUCUCCUUGCUUGUGAAGAACCCCAAGGUUCUCGAGUUUGACAAUAAGCGAAAUUAUUUCACUCGCCAGGUUCAUUCUCGUGGCGCUGAGCCUCGCCAUCCCCACCCUACUCUGCAGCUUUCUGUGCGCAGAGAGCAAGUCUUCCUUGAUUCUUUCAAGUCUCUAUACUUCAAGAGUGCGGAUGAGUUGAAGUACGGCAAGCUGAACGUGCGAUUCCAUGGCGAAGAAGGAGUCGAUGCUGGUGGCGUCACUCGAGAAUGGUUCCAAGUUCUCGCCCGUGGCAUGUUCAACCCCAACUACGCUCUCUUUAUUCCCGUGGCUGCCGAUCGAACCACGUUCCACCCCAAUCGUCUCAGCGGUGUUAACAAUGAGCACCUGUUGUUCUUCAAGUUCAUUGGACGUAUCAUUGGUAAAGCCAUGUACGAGACUCGUGUUCUCGACUGCCAUUUCUCCCGUGCUGUCUACAAAUCUAUCAUUGGACGCCCUGUCUCGAUGAAGGAUAUGGAGACGCUCGACCUAGAUUACUACAAGUCUCUGCUUUGGAUGUUGGAGAAUGACAUCACCGACAUCAUCACUGAGACAUUCUCCAUUGAGACAGAUGACUUUGGCGAGCACCAAAUUAUCGAUCUUGUUCCUGAUGGUCGCAACAUCCCCGUCACUCAAGAGAACAAGGAAAGCUACAUUCAGCGGGUGAUUGAGUAUCGCCUGGUCGAGUCUGUGCGUGAGCAGCUUGACCACUUCUUGAAGGGCUUCCAUGAGAUUAUUUCUCCAGAACUCAUCUCGAUCUUCAACGAGCAGGAGCUCGAGCUUCUGAUCUCUGGUCUACCUGAGAUCGAUGUUGAUGAAUGGAAGGCUAACACCGAAUACCACAAUUAUUCUGCCUCCUCACCCCAGAUCCAAUGGUUCUGGCGUGCUGUCCGUUCAUUCGACAAGGAGGAGCGGGCCAAGCUGCUACAGUUUGUUACCGGUACCAGCAAGGUCCCUCUCAACGGGUUCAAGGAGUUAGAGGGUAUGAACGGUGUGAGCAAGUUCAACAUCCACCGUGACUACGGCAACAAGGAUCGCCUUCCUAGUUCCCACACAUGUUUCAACCAGCUUGACAUUCCUGAGUACGACAGCUACGAGGAUCUCCGUCACCGGCUGUACACCGCCAUGACCACGGGCAGCGAUCGCAAAUUCUUCGAGUUUCAUUUGUCUUGGAAACCUCCCUAUUCACGUAUACACACCAUGUCGGCCUCAGCUAACUCUAUUAAGCUGUUGACUGGUAACAGUCACCCCGAGCUUGCUGAGCUCGUGGCUGAUCGGCUCGGGAUUGAAAAGACCAAGAUUAUGGUCCUACAAUAUUCCAACCAGGAGACUAGUGUGACAAUUGGUGAAAGUGUUCGAGAUGAAGAUGUCUUUAUUCUGCAGUCCACUCGUCCGAAUGACAUAAACGAUGGUCUCAUGGAACUCUUGAUCAUGAUCAAUGCCUGCAAGACAGCUUCUGCGCGCCGAAUCACCGCCGUUAUCCCUAACUUCCCAUAUGCUCGUCAGGAUAAGAAGGAUAAGAGCCGAGCUCCCAUCACGGCGAAGCUCAUGGCUAAUAUGCUUCAAACCGCUGGUUGCAACCACGUUAUUACCAUGGACCUUCAUGCCAGUCAGAUCCAGGGCUUCUUCAACAUCCCCGUCGACAACUUGUACGCCGAGCCUAGUUUGCUGAAGUGGAUUCGGGAAAACCUAGACGUGAGCAACUGUGUCAUUGUCAGCCCAGAUGCUGGUGGUGCUAAGCGAGCAACUGCCAUUGCCGAUCGCCUCGAUCUGCAAUUCGCUCUGAUCCACAAGGAACGUGCUCGCCCUAACGAAGUCUCGCGUAUGGUCUUGGUCGGUAACGUCCGGGACAAGGUUGCCAUCAUUGUCGACGACAUGGCCGACACCUGUGGCACACUCGUCAAGGCCGCCGACACUGUCAUGAUGCACGGCGCUAAGGAAGUCAACGCCAUCGUCGUACACGGAAUCCUGUCCGGUAAGGCCAUUGAGAACCUGAACGGCAGCACUCUUAAGCGUCUGGUCGUCACCAACACCGUUCCCCACGCCGAGAAGAAGGAACUUUGCGACAAGAUUGAAACAAUUGAUAUCAGCCCCACCCUGGCCGAGGCUUGCCGUCGCACCCACAACGGCGAGUCUGUCAGCUUCCUGUUCUCUCACACCGUCUCGUGA